GAUAUGUACGUAAAAUCAUUUCUGAGGGCAGUCCCUUCUUUCUCAUUCCAUAGGAAUACGACUCGAGGAACUCAGAGAAGGGACGACUAGAUAAAGGGUGUGAAGUGGAGGCGUCGAUGUGUAACCGCACAAUUCCAGGCCAGGAAAAGAGCGCCCGGCUUCCACCCACUCCGAUCCCGGUCACCUUCCCGGGAGAGACACGAAAGCGCAGAGCGGCUGUUCUGGGGCGGAAGUGCAUCCCUGGAGCCGUUCUAGGAAACCAGGAGGACCCAGCUCGUCAGUGAUCCUGUCGCUGAAGCGGGCAUCAUCCCGAGCACCAGGUCACCGCCGGGAGCGGAAUCAACUGGCAGUGGGAAAGACAGCUCUCGGGUUGGAGCGAGAACCUGCAAGAAGUAAAAAAAAAAAAAAAAAAAAAAAAAGUGAGAAAGGCGAGGAAGCGCUGCCGUGGGCACCACCUGUUCCUCCGGCCGAGUGCGGCGCGCGUUGAUUGGCUGGGCGCCGCGGGUACCGGAAGUGGCUAGUGCCCGUCGCGGGCGAAAGCAGGACAACGAGCGCGGGCUCCGUGGGAGGCAGCGGGCGGCGCUGCGGCGGAGCUGGAGCGGAGCGAGCGCGGGGCGGCGGCGGCCUGCGAUCUACUAGGUACCCAAAAUGUACAAGGCGCUGUGACUAUCAAGAGGAUUAGAACAUCAGCCUUGCUCAAGGUCUGAAGAAGAAAGCAGACAUGGAAAUAGACUGACUUCUCAGUGAAGUAACUGCACAAGAUGAUGUAUGGGGGAGAGGGAGAGAGAAUAAGAAGGAGAGACACCACAGCUCUGCUCCGCCAUUCAUGAAGCUUUCUCUGGUGCCACGCAUGAUGCUCCCAUGCCGGGGGCUUAAACCUGAGUCCUUGUGCACUGUCAGUGGUGCGCUUUAUCAGACUGUGAGAUGGGAACUGAGAACAAGGAGGUAGUUUUUAAGGAAGAAGUUUCUGAAGAAUCUGAACAACAUGAGACAAUAUUGGAACUUCCAAAGGUGGUUUUUGAGGGUCAUGAAUUUGGAGCAACAUUUGAAGAAGACAUAUUGGAGGAACAUCCAAGAGAGUUCACAGAGGAAAUUAUGCAGCAGAUGUCUCCUCAGGAAGGAGACUUUGCAUCAGAGUUGAUUAUCUUUAAGAAGUCACCCUCAAAUGAGAAAGAUCUGGAGAACAGUGAGAGUGAAAGAAUCUAUAGUCUUAGCCCAAAUCUUAUUAUAUACCAGGGAGACACAACAGAGGCAGUUAGUACAUUUGUUAGCUCUGGCCAAAAUUUUAUACAGAGUUUUAAGCUUAACAGGUCACAGAGAAAUUCUUUGGCUGAAAAACCCCAUGUAUGUAAAGAAUGUGGGAAAGCCUUUAAUCAAAACUCACAUCUUAUCCAACAUAUGAGAGUUCAUAGUGGAGAAAAACCUUUUGAAUGCAAGGAAUGUGGGAAAACAUUUGGAACUAACUCAAGUCUUCGAAGGCACCUGAGAAUUCAUGCUGGAGAGAAACCCUUUGCUUGUAACGAAUGUGGAAAAGCCUUCAUUCAGAGUUCACACCUUAUCCACCAUCAUAGAAUUCACACAGGAGAGAGACCUUAUAAGUGUGAAGAUUGUGGUAAAGCCUUCAGUCAGAAUUCAGCCCUUAUUUUACACCAGAGAAUCCACACCGGAGAGAAACCAUAUGAAUGUAAUGAAUGUGGGAAGACCUUUAGGGUUAGUUCACAGCUUAUUCAGCACCAGAGAAUUCAUACUGAAGAAAGGUAUCAUGAAUGCACUGAGUGUGGUAAAGCUUUCAAACAUAGUUCAGGCCUUAUCAGACAUCAAAAAAUUCAUACAGGAGAAAAACCCUAUCUGUGUAAUGAAUGUGGGAAAGGAUUUGGUCAGAGUUCUGAGCUUAUCCGGCAUCAACGAAUUCAUACAGGGGACAAGCCCUAUGAAUGUAAUGAAUGUGGGAAAACUUUUGGCCAGAACUCAGAGAUUAUUAGACAUAUUAGAAUUCAUACUGGUGAGAAACCCUAUGUUUGUAAGGAAUGUGGGAAGGCAUUCAGGGGGAACUCAGAGCUUCUUAGACAUGAGAGAAUUCACACUGGACAGAAACCGUAUGAGUGCUUUGAAUGUGGAAAGGCUUUUAGACGAACCUCCCACCUUAAUGUCCACCAGAAAAUUCAUACUGGAGAGAAACCUUAUCAGUGUAAUGACUGUGCAAGAACCUUUUGGGAUAAUUCUGAAUUGCUUCUUCACCAGAAAAUUCAUGUUGGAGAAAAGCCUUAUGAAUGUAACGAAUGUGAGAAAACAUUCAGCCAACAUUCCCAACUUACUAUACACCAGAGAGUUCACACUGGAGAGAAACCAUAUGAGUGCCAAGAAUGUCAGAAGACUUUCAGUCGGAGCUCUCACCUCCUCCGACAUCAAAGUGUUCAUUGUAUGGAAUGAUCUGCAAAAUAGGCAAGCUUUUAUGGGAAAACUAAGUCAAACUUAUUGUUUAUAAUCUGCACCUCAAGAUUUCAGAUCAACUGAGUGACCAGACCUGUUUUACUGAGUUUUAUUUGAACAGUUGGUUGAAAAAGAUGAAACACUUUUUUGAGUUGUUCAUAAGGCACUGAUAAGGUACUAAGUUGUAAAAGCUGUCUUAGGCCAUAAUUCUCCCUUUUUCUACCCUUCCCACUCAAAAAAUGAUGGAUGACAUAUUAGAGGUCUAUACCAGUCAUGUAGACUAAAUUGUUAAUGUGUUUCUGCCACCUCCUAAGAGUUGACUCAUUGAAUACUGCCUCCCAAAUUUUUUAAAUGCCAUGGCCUACUAGAUACACCUUGUUCUCCCAUCCAAGUAUUAACCAGGCCCAAUCUUUCUUACCUUACAAAAUCAGAGGAGAUUAGGUAUGUUCAGUAGUAUGGCAACACACCUUGUUCUCUUGUCCACUGUUUAGCAUUUAAUUGUCUUUUUUUUACUAGAGCAUUGCUCAGCUCUGGUUUAUGAUAGUGCUGAGGAUUCAACUUGGGAACUCAGAGCCUCAGGCAUGAAUGUCUUUCACAUAAGCACUGUGCUAUCUCUCCCCAUCUCUUUGUAAACUUUUUUUUUUUUUUAAACCAGAGCACUGUUCAGCUCUGGCUUAUGGUGGUACGGGGGAUUAAACUUGGAACUUUGGAGCCUCAGGCAUAAGAGUCUCUUUGCAUAACCAUUAUGCUAUCUACCCCCAUCCUGUAAAUUUUUUAUUAACUAUAAAAUCUUCUAAAUAUGCUAUCAAAUUCCCUUAGGAGAUAAUAGCAUUAGUGAAGAAUUAGGAUACUUGGAUUGGGCUAGGCAGUGGUGCACCUGGCUAAGUGCACAUGUUACAGGAUACUUAGAUCAUUUUGCUUGGCCUAGACUUCCUUAUUUGAAAAAGGUGCAUGGGGGGGGGGGGCGGUAGCGCAGCUGGUUAAGUGCACAUGGCGUUAAGUGCAAGGACCAGAGUAAGGAUCCUGGUUCAAGCCCUAGCUUCUCACCUGCAGGGGGGUUGCUUCACAAGCCGGGAGGCAGGUCUGGUGUUUAUCUUUCUCUACCCCCUCUCUGUCUUCCCCUUUUCUCUUCAUUUCUUUCUGUCCUAUCCAUCAGCAACGACAGCAUUAACACCAAUAAUAAUAACAGCAGCAACGAUAAACAACAAGGGCAACAAAAGGAAAAAAAUAGCCUCCAGGAGCAGUGGAUUUGUUGUGCAGGCACCAAGCCCCAGUGAUAACCCUGGAAGCAAAAAAAAAAAAAAAAAAAAAGCAUGGUGGAAAUAACUGACAGGAAGUCUACAGGGUUGUAAUUGAUGGCCCUUUGCAUUCAGAGUUGAUUAGACAAGAUUGGGGUGCUAAAUGAGUGAGUUCAAACAAUUUAGCACAGGCAGGAAUUGCGCUUUAGCAAUCAUUGCCCACAUCAGGACUACUCCCAAGUAUUCUGCUGGAUUCUCUUUUGGCUCUUCCUGCUGCUGACAGGCCCCAUGUUAUGAAGUAGCAGAGAGGACUGCAGGUUUGCUAUCAUUAGGCAUCUGGCUCCAAUGAUUAGCCAGUUCACCUUACUGACCAGACUUGGCCUUGCCUAAGUACUUAAUUCUCAUGACUUGGAUCCCACUGCUGAGAACCUAGUUGAGAUCAAGAUGUGAUAGCUUCUUCAUAUUUUGCUCUUGGCAUUGGAAUUCUUACUCUUCAACAUCACCCCAGGUGUUUUGUAUUCUGUGUGUACUUUCUUUGAGGAAAUACACCCUCACUUUUUCACUUGUUCAUGUUUGUGAGGUAGUGGGUGGUAGUGGGAAUUAAAUUACUGGGGACUGAAUAGACCUGGGUUCUUUUUUUUUUCUUUUUUUCCUCCAGGGUUAUUGCUGGGCUCAGUGCCUGCACCAUGAAUCCACCGCUCUUGGAGGCCAUCCCCCCCCCCCUUUUGUUGCCCUUGUAGCCUCGUUGUGGUUAUUAUUAUUACCUUGUUAAUGUUAGUUGUUGGACAGGACAGAGAGAAAUGGAGAGAGGAGGGGAAGACAGAGGGGGGAGAGAAAGAGAGACACCUGCAGACCUGCUUCACUGCCUGUGAAGCGACUCCCCUGCAGGUGGGGAGCCAGGGGCUCGAACCGGGCUCCUUACGCUGGUUCUUGCGCUUUGCGCCACGUGCGCUUAACCCACUGCGCACUGCGCAGCUGCCCGACCCCCACCUGGGUUCUUUUCUUAGAGGUAGAGCUGGAAUAAGAUAUUGUACCUAGUUUUGUUGGGGAAUUGAACCAAGUGAUCGCUAAAAUUUCAACAAACCCAAUGAUAGCUUAAUUGCUUUAAAAAAAUUAUUGGGGGAUUAAAGGUUUAAAGUCAACAGUAAUAUACAAUAGUACAUGCAUAACAUUCACAUUUCUCAGUUUUCCACAUAACAGCUCAACCCCUGUCUAUGUCCUCUGCCAUCAUAGCUUAAUUGCUUUUAAUGGAAAAAACUAAUUAUUUUCAGUGUUCUAACUUUGAGCCUUCUUUAUUACACUAGUACUUGUCACUAGUACUUAUUACUGUGUGCCAGAAAGAGUGCCAGUCAGUUUAAACAUUUUACAACAUCUCUAUGAAGUGGAUAUUCUUCCAACACUGUUUUGUUGAAAUAUAAUUUACAUACCAUAAAAUUCACUUGUUUUUUAA